CACCUUAUCUUAUCACACGUAAUCAAAUACUAUAUAUAUACUUUGCAGAUAAUUUUAUUGUUAAAGAUUAAAUCUCACUUGUACAGAAACUUGCAUCAUUAAUAAAAUAAUAAUCAUAAAUCUAUAUUAUUAUAAAUUGUAACAUAGAAAUUGAAUAAACUUGAUAAUUGAUCAAUGAAUUAAAAACAAUUUAAACAUUUAUUUGCAAUUAUUACAGUAUUCUAUUUUAUUAAACAUGUUUGCCAGUGAGAGGUUAGUUUCUCGGUUAAACUUACGUAUUGUAUCAAGACAUCUUUCUCCUGUAUUAGAUAUAUUUAAAAAUGCACAUUCUGUUUCGAUGAAAUAUUUUGUACCAACUGUUGUAAGAUUUACUCAUGAUUUAGUUGUUCAACAAGUAUCUCCUUUAAACCGAUCAAAUUUACCAGUAAACAAGUAUUGUUUGAGAUCACAUACUUGUGGUGAGUUAACUAGCAAAAAUGUUGGAACUAUGGUACAGCUUAGCGGUUGGAUUGAGUUUCGGAGAAUGAACAAGUUUAUAAUUUUAAGAGAUGCAUAUGGUUCUACACAACUUUUCAUAUCUGAUAAUAGAACAGAUUUAAUGGAGAUCAUAAAAGAUCUACCAUAUGAAAGCGUUAUAUGUGCUAUUGGUAUGGUAAAUAUGAGACCUGAAGGACAAGUAAACCAAAAAAUGAAGACCGGUGAUAUAGAAAUACAACUUGAUUCUAUAAAAGUUUUAAAUAAAGCAGUAGCACAUCUUCCAUUUUCUAUUAGAUCAUUUAAUAAGGCAAAGGAAGUAACUCAAAUGAAAUACAGAUAUCUUGCUUUAAGGUAUCCUGAAAUACAAAAGAAUUUAAGAAUACGUUCUAAACUUUUAAUGAAGAUGAGAGAAUACUUAAUCAAUGAGUGUGACUUCGUAGAUGUAGAAACACCAACACUUUUUAAAAAUACACCUGGAGGUGCACAAGAAUUUAUAGUUCCAACAAAACAUCCAGGAAAAUUUUAUUCCCUUGUGCAAAGCCCACAGCAAUUCAAACAAUUACUUAUGGUGGGUGGAAUAGAUAGGUAUUUUCAAAUUGCUCGAUGUUACAGGGAUGAAGGUGCAAGACAUGAUAGACAACCAGAAUUUACACAGCUUGAUAUUGAAAUGUCAUUUGCUGAUCAAGAGGGAAUAAUAGAUUUAAUCGAAAAUCUACUAAAAUAUAGUUUGCCAGAAACUAUAACUACACCUUUCAAACGCAUGACCUAUGAGGAUGCAAUGAAGUUGUAUGGUACAGAUCAACCAGACUUGAGAAUACCUUAUGAAAUUCAGUAUCUUACAAAACUUGUUAAUAUAACUACAUUGGAGGAAGAUAUGAAAUUAACAAAUAGCAAAGAUUGCGAAAUCUGUGCUUUAGUUUUUCCUAAUAAACAUGAAUACUUAACACAUUCUAUUAGAAAAGAAUUUAAUGAUAUAAAAAACAAAUAUUUUCCAACUGUCAAACUGUUUCAAAUAAAAAUUUCGGGUAAUUCUUGGAAAUUACAAUUGGAUAAAUUAUUUUCUACGAAAAUAGCAGAAGAUGUAAUACGAACAUUGAAUUUGAACAUAGGAGAUUUUCUUUUUUUAACCGUUGGCCCUAAGCUUAAUUCUCAAAAACUUUUAGGAAAAUUUCGAAUUGAAUUUACAAACGUAUUGGAAAAUAAUAAUUUAAAAAUACGUUCACCUGGCUACAACUUUUUAUGGCUUAUUGAUUUUCCAUUAUUUAAUGUAAAUGAAUCACAGUUGUUAGAAAGUAUGCAUCAUCCAUUUACACAACCUCAUCCAAAAGAUAUGAAAUAUCUUAGAUCAGAACCUGAAAAGGUGCGAGGUUUACAUUAUGAUUUAAUUUUAAAUGGUUCAGAAAUAGGAGGAGGUUCUAUAAGAAUUCAUGAUACAAAUCUUCAAAAACAAAUAUUUAAAAUGUUAAACAUAAAUGAAAAACAACUUUCACAUAUGCUUGAAGCAUUGUCUAGUGGUGCACCACCUCAUGGUGGUAUAGCAUUGGGUCUGGAUCGUCUCCUUUGUAUACUCUGCAAUACGGAAAGUAUAAGAAGUGUUAUAGCAUUUCCAAAAACAAUAGAAGGACGAGACUUGAUGUCUGGAGCUCCUGUUCCAAUUCCCACAGAAGUCCAAGAGUUAUAUCAUAUAAAAACAAUAGAUGAGCGAAGUAAUAUUUAAAAUUAAAUUUCUUAUUCUACAUUUGAAUAAAUUUAUUAUAUUUUUUGACAAAAAUAAACUCUGCAGGUAAGAUUCAUCAAAUAUGAAUGGUAUUUUAAGUGAAAUUUAAUUAUCGGUAUUUUUACAUAACUUAAAUGGAUAAAAGAAUACAAUUUUUAUAAAUUAAACUUCACAUUUGAUUAAUACAUUCACAUCCUUUCAGAUAACAAUGUCAUACAAUACCAAAAGUUUGUAUAAAUUUUUAUAUCUAUACUGAUAUUUAUAUAGAAUCUUGAAACUUAGAAAAAAAUAAACUGAAUAUUGAAAUUGAAAAUCUAUGUUACUACGUAUAUGAAAUGGACUGUACGAAUAAAUGUUAGCAGGGAUCUGAACUAGGAAGAAUAAGAACACUUUUUUCAAUUUAUAUAUUCAUCUAAUCCAUUAUCGCGAGAAAAAGAAAAAGUUUUUCGUUCUGUUUUCUCCGUUGGAACUUGGAAACAAUAGAAUAUAUAUACAUACACAAAAAAUUCUACUUUUCAAAUAUUUUCUAUUAAAUUAAUUUGAUAUGAAAAAAUAAAAAGGAUAAGCAAAUGAAAAGUCGAUUUAAGUAUAAAUUCUAAUAUUUAAAAUAUAUGAUCUAUAUGUAUCCAAAAUAAGAUGUUGAAAUGGAUCGAUUCUAUUUAACAAAUUCGACAGAUUUAUCAGCCAUUUCACAGGAUUUUUAUUCAUUCAAACGCUUGAUAGUAUCGAUUAAAAAAAAAAGAGAAAGAAAAAAGAUAACAAAAAAAGAAAGAGAACUCCACACUGGACUAAUCCAUUCAUACAUUACAACUAUGUAUUCGUUUUUCUUUUGAGAAUAGGAACACAGUGUUUUACGUUUUGCAGGAUUUUACAGGAUUUUACAGGAUUUUUGUUUUCCUUUCUUUUAUUUGUUUUCUUUUUUUCUUUUUUAAUUGUUUAUUUAAGUUUCGUUUACCAUCGGUUAAUGUGCUCAAAUUGGCACUUGUAAUAAUCAAUCAAUCGGCUGGCAGUAAAAUGUCCUUGGAACAUUUAUUCUAGAUAAAUAUAUUAAUCGAACAUUACAAUUAAAACGUAAUGAAGAAGAAAAUUUCCUAUUCCGUGCCAGCAUUUAUUUUUAUACUUUGUUUCUAUUUACUUCUCACGUGAUAAUAUAAUUGAUGUUCUCUUAGCAAAUUUUUACUUUAUUUAAUCCGAACGUCAUCAUCAUCGUAUCUCUUGCGUGUUCUUUUUUGCUUCUCUUUUUUUUUUUUUUUUUUUUAACAUUAUGACUUUAUAGACCUUGCAUACACUAUUUUAUCUUUAUAAAAAUACUAUUUUACAUAACGAAGAAGAGCAAGCGUACGACGCAUACAUACAUACAUAUAUACAUACAUAAUCCAUACACAUCACGUAAGCAGAGAGAUCAUACAUGACGCACGCAUACAUACAUACAUGCAUGCCCACUGCUACUGAUCUUCGGAGCACGAUCGUACACGAAACUAUACGACGAAUGAGUGCAUCCAGCCUUGUAGAUAUAUCCACGUACGCAAAAAAACAUGCAUCCUCUUCCAAUCCAAUAAAAUAUUAUAACAUUUUCUCUUCAAGUUAUAAUCUAAAAAAUAAAUCUAUUAACUUAACGAAAAUGAAAAAGAAUUGUAUUUAUAUAUACAUAUACUCAUAAAAAAAAGAAAAAGAAAAAUAAAAAGAAGACAGGUCAUUUCUCAGAUCUGUUCCUCCCUCCCAUAAAUGAAAAUUAUCUUCGACACCUUGAAACUUAUUAGUUUAUUGUGAUGCGAAUUAAUUUCUUUAAUUUCUUCUUUUUCUUUUCUUUUUAGGCACGACUACAAGUUUUUUCGAUAAAAAGAUUUUUUAAACUAAUUGUAACAUUAAAAAGGUUUUAAAGAAUCUUUACGUUUCAUAUCAAAAUAUAAAUAUAAAUAUGUUUUGUAUUUAAAAUGAGGUUACUUGUAACGAUAAAGUUACAAGUAAAUGCACACGGAAUUUCAAUUUUAUUCUUUUAACGAUUUCCAAAUAGUUUAUAGUUCUACUUAAUUUAUUAAAUAAAUCAAUAAGUAAAUAUAAAAAAAUAACAAUCGUAUAAGAAUAUUUAAAAUAGUAUUAGACAUUAGCGUAAAUUGCAUCGGUUGUGCCUAUUAUUAAACUUUUUUGCUUAGGAAUUCAGGAAGAAAAAUAUUCUGACAGACGCAGAGAGAAAAAUGCUGAUUUUUAUAAUUAUUAUAAUAUGAACAAAUUAAAUACGUAAAAAUAUAAAAAAAGAAAAAAGAAAAGUAAAUUAUAAAUAUACUGGUUUACAAAAACAAAUAUCUACCAGCGUAGUACUGUACAAUCCUAUUUUUUGUUUUUUUUUUGUUUUGUUUAAUCUAAUAUAUAUCCACAUUCAUAGAAUCUUUUUCUUUAACAUACACACCAUAAAAAUAUGCUAAACAUUAAUUUUUGAAAUAACUAAAUCACAUUUUAGGUUAUCUUUGCAGGCUAAUGCACCUCGUAUUUCUUUAUUUUCUUAUUGGUUUUUUUUUCUUUUUCUGUCGCUAAGCAUCGAGAAAACAGCUUUAGAAUUAAAAACUGAGAAUUACGGUGGGUAACAGAAUAAUAAACAGGCUAAUGAUCGCUUUCUUGGAGACCUGAUAUAGCACGAACGUAAAAAUAUAUAUACUCUCUUUUAAUUGAAAUUAAUUUAAAAAUAUACGAUGCGUUAGAGCAACUCAUUGUCUAGUUAAAGUUGAAAGAAUCAAAUGCAAUUAGAGAAGUUCAAAGAAUGCUUGUUUGUUAAGUGCACAGUAUUCGACGGCAGUGCAAGUUUUCUUUUAUUUUUCCGUUCUGUUAGUUUUUUUUCUGUUUUUUUUUUUUUGUCUAGUAAUUUUGUAAACUUAGUUACAAUUCCAAUUCUGGAAAAACGAGCCCGUCCAUUUGUAUGCACUUCGAGGCAGACUAAGCUUACGGAGAAAAGGUAGGAGAAGGGUGGGUUGUGUGUCCGAUUUACGUCAAACUCGAGAAUAACUGGAUUAUGAUUAGACGCUUUCCUUACUGCGUUCACUACGAAUAUUGAUUAAUUUUUCAUUCCGGCCCGCCGGUUUAAUGCAUGCAAAUUGAUGACGAUAUAUCGUAGUUACGAUAACGCAUAAUAACACAAGUAUAUAUCUGUGGCAGUCGUGCAAGACCAAGAUAAUAUGGUAUAAACUUCAUCGUAGAAAAAGUCGUAAUAAUUCGAAAUGCUUAACGCUGUUAAAGAAAACGUAGAUGAGCGAUCAUGUGCUUAUCGUAUAUAUGUAGUAAUAAAUAAGCUCGAUGACUACCUUUCUUCUUUUUGCUUAUUACAACAUUGUAUGUUUCGUGUGUAUAUCAUCGUAUUAAUAUACUUUUAAUAGUAUUUAAUAAAAUGAUGACCAAACACCUUUGGUUUUCGGACGGUCGUACAUGAGAAUAAAUGGAUUAAACAAAAAUAUGAAUGAAUGAAGUAAUGAAUAAGAGUUCAAAUUCUAAGAGUCAACCAGAUGUAAUUGAGUGCUCGUUUAUGAUUGUUGCAUCUGUGUGGAUGUACAUGUACAUUGACAGUCUGUUUUUAUACAAAGAAAAUUAAUAAUAAUAUGUGUGUAGUUUAGUUUUUGAAAUUUCUUAACAUUUUUCAUAGCAUCGAUGCAAUCAAAAUUUUAAAACAAAUAUCUUUAUUUUAAAAGUUCAUUUUAUAUUUUAAUUCUAAUUUAUUUUAUAUUAAUUAGAUCUAUUUAGAAAAUUGUAAGUGAACUAUCUCUUGCUAUUUAAAAAAUUGUAUUCAGAGUUAUAUCACGGUACCAAAAUGUUAAACGUACCUUUUUGUUUGAAUUGAUGCAUAAAAAAAUGUAUUGCCUUGAGUUUAAUAUCAUCAUUACAAUAAAAAUUCUUCUUUGUGAUUCA